AUGAGUCUUCUUUCCCCUCUUGGACUUCCUCAGCCCAAAGAUGCUCUCAAGAACACCUCGAUCGUCCAAAUCGAUCCUUCAGCCAAUGAAGAGCAGCACAAAUCUCCCUUCACAGUCCAAACAAAACCAGUUCCUCUUGGAACACCUUCUUUCGAAGCCAAACGAGCCGCCCUUCUUGAGACCCUUAUCUCCAAAGUCCCUAAAGAAUACUACCUCCCCGCCAAUUCAAUCUCUGAUCCCCCUCUUGACGUGUCCAACAUCCCCUCAUCAUGCGGUAUUCUUACAGAAGAAGAAAUUCGUAUCACAGAGGAUUACGAUGCCGUUGGUCUUCUCCAAAGUCUAGCCAAUCGUGACUUUUCAGCCGUUACGGUCGCUACAGCCUUUGCUAAACGGUCUAUCAUCGCUCAUCAACUCACAUGUUGUCUCACUCAGUGGUAUAUGGACGAAGCUAUUACCCAAGCGAGACAGUUAGACGAAUAUAUGGCUAAGAACGGAAAGCCAAUUGGUCCACUACACGGUCUACCUAUCAGUAUCAAAGAACAUAUGGCUAUAGCUGGGACUCUCUCUUCUCAAGGAUACCUUGCAAGCAUGCAGAAAGAUACAGAGGAUAGUGACAUGGUUGCUAUUCUCAGGAGUCUUGGCGCUGUGUUUCAUUGCAAGACCAAUCAGCCUCAAAUGAUCAUGCACCUCGAGACUGACUCACUAUGGGGUCGGACUCUUAAUCCCUUCAAUAUCAACCUCUCAGCUGGUGGAUCAACCGGCGGUGAAGCAGCCUUGAUCGCCAUGAAAGGUUCUGUCCUCGGCAUUGGUACUGAUAUCGGUGGGAGUAUUCGUGGUCCUGCAGCCUUUUGUGGGAUUUACGGGUUUAAACCUACGUCUUAUACAAUGCCGAUGAGAGGCUUUGUUCCAACGCCUUUCCCAGCUGAGCUAAAUGUUCUGGCUUCCGCCGGUCCGAUGUGUCGAAGCUUGAGAGACAUGGAUCUGUUGAUGCAGUGUGUUCUCUCAACUAAGCCGUACUUGAAGGAUACAACGUUGGUGCCUAUUCCUUGGAAGGGUCUACAUACGCCUAUCCAGGGUCGUUUGAAGAUUGGUUUCAUCAAUAGCGAUGGUUUCAUCACACCCCAACCCCCUGUCCUCAAGGCCUUGGCGUGGGCACGAGAUCAACUAUCCGACAUAAAAUAUAAAGAUCUAAUCGAACUCAAAGACUUCAAGGUCCACGGCUCAGAGGAUGCUUGGUCCAAAAUCAGACGCAUGUACUGGCCCGACGGGGCCCAGCCAGCAAUCAACGCUAUCAAAUCUACAGGCGAGCCAAUCCACUCUCUCAGCUCAUGGAUCUGGGAAGACGCUGAGAAGCUUGGCAUGAAGAAUGCCGUUGAUCUUAGUUUGAUGCGUCGCGAGCGAGAUUCAUUUCGCUGGGCAUUUGCAAAAAGUUGGGAAGAGCAAGAUGUUGAUAUACUCCUAGGACCAGCAUUCGUCGGACCUGCGUCUGUGCAUGAUACGGCAUUUUACUGGAAUUACACUUCGCUUUAUAAUCUUGUUGAUUAUCCAGGUGUUGUGAUCCCUACGCCUGUUAGGGUGGAGGGGGGUGAAAACUAUGACCUGGGUUAUGAGCCGUUGAGUGAGGCUUGUGGAGAGGUGAAGAGGUUGUGGGAAGAGUCGGACUUUACGGGAGCGCCAAUAAAUUUGCAGCUUAUCGCGAGGAAGUAUCACGAUAAUGAGCUGUUUGGGGCGCUUGCUUUAUUGAAGGACAUACUCAAGCUGCAGUAG